UAAUUACAUAUGUACGACAAUUUCACCAGAAGUACAAUAAUUUCAACCUGUGUAGUAUGAUAAUAUGGCCAAAACAAUCUGGCAACGCUGACACACACACACACACACACACACACAGAGACGUCAGUGCAACAUCGGCGGCUGUACAGGGAGGUUGCGUUUCACGCUCCUGGAGGCUGCACGUGUCUGUGGCUCAAACAAAACACUAGACUAUGUAACUUCUAAUAAUUUAACUCUUAACCAUUGCAAAGAGUCACGAGAGCGAUAAUUCAAUACAGUAUCGGGUGUUUACAUUACUAGACUCACUUUGCCGGUAAAUAUUUGCAUCUGUACUUAAGUUCACCUGUUAGUUAGUGGUUACCUGUCCCCCGGAGUCACCUGUGGGUUAAUUAAAGUGUCGUGGUGUUGUGUUGUGGUGCCGCCGCCCCCAGGAUCACAUGGCACCCUGUUGUGAGUGUCAACAUGACCCGGCACUGACGCACUGGUUAGGGGGUGGGAGUGCAUAGGAGAAGAAGGAAAAAGAGGAGGAGGAGGAGGAGGAAGAAGAAGGAGGAGGAGGAAAGUGAGGAAGUGAAGAAAGAAAAGAGGAAAACCAGAAGAAAGAACCACUACUACUACUACUACUACUACUACUACUACUACUACUACUACUACUACUACUGCUGCCGCCGUCACCAUGGAGUUGCUGAAGAGGAUAUUCUCGGCCUUGUUCUACGGGCUGUGUUCGUUCCUCAUCAUGGUGAUCAACAAGAUGGUUCUCACCACAUACAAGUUCCCUUCCUUCCAGUUUGUAGCACUUGGACAGAUGACAGCCACAGUGGUAGUGCUGUUCGUGGCCAAGAAAUUGCGAGUGGUAGAUUUUCCAGGAUUCUCGCCAGAAAUUAUACCCAAGAUCUGGCCUCUGCCUCUCAUGUAUGUGGGCAACCUUAUCUUUGGCCUCGGGGGCACCAAACGGCUCAGCUUGCCAAUGUUUACUGUGCUGCGGAGGUUCAGUAUCCUCUUCACCAUGAUCGCGGAAAGACUGCUGCUGGGCAUUCAUCCGGCCCUCACUGUGCAGCUGACUGUGUACAUGAUGAUCCUGGGCUCCAUCAUUGCUGCUGUGAAUGACUUGUCCUUCGAUACCAUUGGCUACUUCUUUGUGCUGACCAACAAUGUGUUCACGGCGGGCACUGGUGUGUACGUCAAGAAGAAACUGGAGAGCAAGGAGCUGGGGAAGUACGGCCUGCUCUUUUACAACUCCCUCUUCAUGCUGCCCUUUGCUACCAUCUUCUGCUGGAUCAAUGGGGACUUCCUGAAGACAUGGGAGUACGAGGGAUGGAAGAACCCAGCAUUUGUAUGUCAAUUCAUGGUGUCCUGCAUCAUGGGGUUCGUGCUCAUGUACUCAGUGAUGGUGUGCACGCAGUUCAACUCAGCCCUCACCACCACCAUCAUUGGCUGCCUCAAGAACAUCUUCAUCACCUACCUGGGCAUGAUCAUCGGCGGGGAUUACGUGUUCUCCUUCUAUAACUUUGUGGGACUCAAUAUUAGCAUUGUCGGCAGCAUCAUCUACUCCUGGGUGACGUUCAGACAGAAGGAGGCACCCAAGGUUGACACACUGAAGCCAGCUGCCCCUGCCACAACGGUAUAGUGGUAAAUGAUUGGUGGGGCAGAGCGGCAACACAGAAGAGAAGCAUGUGGGUAUGACUACACACGGCCACCCAGAGACGCGUCACCUCCUAGCUGUCACCUUAUGUUCACCUGGGUAAUGGUCACUUCCCCCACACACAUGAAUUCUGCGUGUUCCGAGAGAGGCCUCUACUUAAUGCUAUAGGCAGUGGAAGAGUCCUGGAAUGUGUGGCUGAGGAAAGGCUGGGGCUGGAAGGGUGUUGGGGUAAUGGACUGUUGGGCUUUGGUUUGUUAGUGUUGGAGGAAGUGUGUAAGUUUAUUGGAGUGUGUUGAGUUUGUUGGCAGAAGAGAAGCUGGAAGGUGUAGGAGUUUGUUUAGUUUGUCGAUGAUAGAAGAGAUGAAGGAGGUUUAAAGUCUGUGGAUGAAGUUUUGUUAGGGCUAGAGGAAGUGCAGAAGUUUAUUGGAGUGUGUUGAGUCUGUUGGCAGAAGAAGAGCUGGAAGGUGUAGGAGUUUGUCAAGUUUAUUGUUGAUAGAAGAUCUGAAGAAAUUUUGGAGUGUAGUUGAAAUUUGGGGCAAAUGAAAAGAAUCCAUGGGAAAUCAAAAAAAGAGAGAAGGAAGAGGAGGAGAAACAGAAUGACAAAGUAAGUGUGUUGAGUUUGUUGUUGAAGGAGGAGUUAAAAGUUUGCUGGAGGAACUGGGACUGUUUAUUGUGUGGAUUGGACCUGUCAGUGGAGAAGAAGCUGGCGUGUUGAAGAGAGCAGUUUGUGUUUGUGUUGUCAGUAAGGAAACACCAAGAGGCACCCUGCUGUUGUCCUCAAGUCUUGUGGCAGUGUCGCAGUGCAGGGACGUGUUGACUUGCACCUUACACAUUUACCGUGGAUGUUUCCCGCACUUGUGUCAGCAUUACUUUAUUUAUUAGCAUAUCAGAGUGUGACAGGAGAUGGGACAACUAUGGCAGACUGGCAGGGAAAGUUUGCAGACUGAGGAUAUGUUCAGUAAUGGCAUAAAAUUGUGUUAUUCCAUUUGCCCUGCCAUGAAGUUAUAAUUGCCCUGUGCACUAUGGUCUGGUUUUCACCCAUGCUGUCAUCUCUCAGUACCGGUGCAAUCAACAUGUCCCUGCCUGGAGUCGGACGCCAUAUGUGUGUGAUGAGAAAAAAUAAAGUUGUGAUAAUUUUUAAGAACAGCUGGUGCGUUGAGGAGUUCAGUGGUGGUAGCUUGAUGCAAGUUAUUUAGCUCAUAAGGUCUUGAGAAGUAUUUUUAUAUUGCUCAAUUCAUGUUUCGAGAAUGGAGCUUUUUCUUUUUUUAGUUUGUGUGUGUGUGUGUGUGUGUGUGUGUGUGUGUGUGUGUGUGUGUGUGUGUGUGUGUGUGUGUGUUGGUAGGUCUCUGUCUGUUUUUUGUGUGUGACCUGUUUGUUGGAAGUUGUGUUGGAAGUGAGUUACCGGUGCCCUGUCAGUCUUAUUAUUCUCAUCACUGCACUCUUUUCCUCUCUCAGGAUGUUUCUCGCUAGUUUCCACAGGCAAUCAGGACAGAUGUAUUUAUUUUUAUGUAUUUACAGUAUGUUGAUUUGAGGGAGUGUGCACGUGAGUGAGUGACAAGACAAGACAAGCAGUUCAUAGCAGUACUGUAAUCUUGGUCAGAAGUCACGGUUUUCUCAAUACUGGUUCACUUGUGCUGCGUGUGAGGAAGUGUGCAUAGUGUGUGUGUGUUUAGUGAAUGACAGACUUCCAUUCAAUGUUUUUACUCACUCAAAUACUGGUUCAUGUUUGCUGUGUGAGAGAGGAAGUGUGCAUUGGCUUAGAAUGACCUAGUGAAUGGCUGACACACUUCCAUUCAUGAUAGUUACACACAAUCUCCUCAAAUACUGGUUCAUGUUGCUGGAUCUGUAAGGAAGUGUGCAUUGACUAAUAUACCCUUCAAAUACUGGUUCUUAUUGCUGGAUCUGUAAGGAAGUAUGCAUCGACUCCAAAUGGUCUAGUGAAUGGCUGACACACUCCCAUUCAUGAUAAACUUCAACACACUCCUCAGAUACUAGCUUACAUGUAUUCAGUCUGUGAGGAAGUGCACACUGUCUGAGAACCAUGUAGUGAAUAGGUGAUAUUUUCAUUCAGAGUUCAGCACACACUCCUCAAGCACUGGUUCACAUGUGCCGUGUCUGGUGUGUCUGGUGCAUUGGCUCAGGUCUUGAAAUUUUCCUGUAGUGUUUGAAAUGUCUCGUUGUGAAGGGUGGUGCACUUGUUGGUGUGUUGUGUGUGUAGCAGACCAGUGUGUGGUGUAGGUGUGGUUGUGAUGUGAUGGUGAACUGUGAUUUACAAACAAGUUAUCUGUUUUAUUAAUGCAGUGGUGAUUUAGAAAUUAGUUGUCGGUUUAAUUAGGACUGCUACUAAUUGGUCAUGAUAGUUGUGUUGCUUAAUAGAUAUUCAAAUUCUUUUAUGUAGAUUUUGAGUCACACAUUCAUGACCUAGGGAAAAGCACAAAAUGAUUAUACGUUUCCCAUUAUUUUCUUCGGGUAAUUUGUUUUUUUGGUAGAUUUUGUCUCAUAUACACACAUUCAUCAUUCACAACACAGGCAAGAGCACAAAGGCACUGUAUACUCUCAACCUAGUAUGUUUGUAAACCACAGUUCACUCAAGUGUGUGCCUGGACCAUCAUGACUCCAGGGCAUUUGUGGUGCUGUGACUCCCAAGGCAAGCUGUCAGUUUGGGGCAUUAUAGGGCAUUCUCUCAACACUUACUAAUGCAGGUCUUGUCUCUUUGCUCUUCAGUCUCCAUGGCAUGAUUUGUGAUGCAUUGCAGGGACUUACUCCCCCAGCCAUAAGUUCUUGGCAUCUUAUAACUUGUAAUAUUCCUUGUUAUCUUCCAAGCAAAGAAAUUGGUUAGUUCUCUGGUUGUGAUCUGUCAGUAUUUAUCACUUCUUGCACUCCAUUCUAUCAAGGAACUGAGGAUGACACAUUCUCGGUCAUCAUUAGUUAGCUCAUUGAGGUGCCAUAUGAUCGAUCUCCCUGCCUUCCCCUCAACAUAGCAUCACCCAACACCAACACAGUGAAACACCCACACAUAAGACCCAAACAUCCACACUCAUAUCCACAUAUACAGACUCACACACACACACACACACACACACACACACUCUAGAUAACCAUACCACACACACAUGCACUUCUACACAGACGUGUGUACCCAGACGCACACACUUAUUCCCAGAGACAAAAUUAAAUUAACCCUUCCCCCCCAACAAGCAAUAAUUAGGAAACGGCCUCCUCUACUUACCUUAAUUUGUAAGUGUUCUUUCAUCUUGGCAUUUACCUUUUGGUGCAUUGAUGUGUGUGCCUAGCAGAGGGGAAGACCUGCACUGUGUAAAUUUUUAUACAUUAUCUGUUGACCAAUUAUUUAAGAUUUUUAUACUAUUUUCAAUUAAUUUUGCAUUAUUGUAUGUGAAAUGUUAACUUGAUUGCAGCAACUGAGUGACUGUGUGUGUGAGGAGAGAGAGGUACUUAGAAAACCAUUAGGUAAGGGAGGAUGAGGAUUGGUAAGAAGGGGGUGAGGAGAGAGAGAGAGAGAGAGAGUGUGUGCUGCUGCUUGGUAAGGGAAAGAAUGUGUUGUAAGAUUGUGUGCUUGACUAAAAAUGGUUGGUAAGGGAAGAAUCUUGAACUCUAAUAAGAUAAAAGUUUAAUUACUCAGUACAUGAUAUUUUAAGCAUACAAGUUUUUUUCCCACUUUGGUGCUGCCAUCACUGUAGGUUUCCUUGAGGCUCCUGAGAAGCAGCAACAGCAGUACUUUUGUUUGUAAAGUUAGAGAGCUCUCAUUCCAUCCAUUCUCUCUCUCUCUCUCUCUCUCUCUCUCUCUCUCUCUCUCUCUCUCUCUCUCUCUCUCUCUCUCUCUCUCUCUCAGGCCCCACAGGAUGUCCCCCCACAGUAUGUUUACAAACCCACAGCCUCUCAAUAAAAUAAUCCCUAAAUUCUCCCCCCCUGAGAAAAGAAAAGUAAAAGAAUCAGGCAAGAUGUGCUGCUGCUGCUGCUGCUAACCUAUGAAGUGAAGGAACUUAUUUUAAUGUAUUGAGAAACUUAAUAACCUGCAGCUCUAAUUGACUUUAUCUCUGUUGCUGUAAUGUAUAGGAUAGGACAGUGGGAGAGGAUGAUAAUGAAUGAGGGUGUGUGUGUAUUGUAUAAUUACUACUAGGCCGUUACUUAAUUAUUUCACCAUCUCUAUUGCCAAGUUCUUUACCAGCCAAUAAUAAUGAUUAAGUUAUUUCACUUCCCUGCAAAGAGGUUUCAUGGACAUUGACUCAGCAAUUUCUAAGAGUGAACACCAUAAUGAUCAGGGAUGCUGUGUGUAUUAUAUAACUUAACUACAAUUAGGAUCUGUAGCACGUGUGUAAAUAUGUUAAGUGCUGUGUGUGUGUGUGUGUGUGUGUGUGUGUGUGUGUGUGUGUGUGUGUGUGUGUGUGUGUGUGUGUGUGUGUGUGUGUGUGAUGUACAUUUUUUUGUCAGGACCAAGUGUCAUAUUGCAUUUUAUUUAUUGCAUAUUUAUUGUUGGGGUUUUUAGGUGAGAAAAAGUGAUGAACUGUGUGUCUGUCCUUCCUUCUCCUGCCAUCACAAGCAAGGCUUCUCGUGUGGCAGUCAGUAUUCAACGACUCUAAAUUGGUUUUCAUGUUGCUUGAUAAAUUGGUUUUCACGUUGUCUUGUCAAGCAUCUAAACACUAUGAUAUGCAAAGUAGUUAAUGUCUUGUAAAAAAUAUAAAAACUAGUGAAAAGUGUUUUUGUGCAAUUAUCAGUUUAUCUUGUAGUUUUUUGCACAAAGUUUGAAGUUUUUAAGAAAUAAAAAAUAUUUUGU